AUUAAAAUGAUGCACAAAUGUAACUUGAUGGCUACUGCAGAGAUGCGGAAUAUUAACUGUGGUUGUAAAGGAAUAAGGACAUGCCUGAAAUGCGAGGCGGAGGAGUCUAAACAACAUUUACUACAGAAGAAUGAGCUGAUACAUUAUGAUUUCACCUAUGAUCCAGUAUCAAAGUCAGCAGUCCGAGAGGAGGAAAGUGGCACUCAACAGUCCUUUGUUUUUCCUGGAAUAAUUUUGUGGGAGAAUUUUGUGUCAGAAGAUGAAGAGAGGGAACUGAUUGCUAGAAUGGAUCAAGAUGUCUGGAGAGAAUCUCAAUCAGGCCGUCGAAAACAGGACUUCGGGCCAAAGGUAAACUUCAAGAAGCGCCGUGUCCAUGUGGGAAAUUUUACUGGCCUGCCUGAUGUCAGUCGUCACCUGGUGGACAGGAUGUCAAAGGCCCCUCAGUUGGCCUCCUUCAAACCAGUAGAGCAGUGCAACCUAGACUAUGAUCCCCUCAGAGGCUCAGCGAUUGACCCUCAUUUAGAUGAUAGCUGGCUGUGGGGAGAGCACCUGGUCACCAUUAACCUGCUCUCAGACACUGUCCUCACGAUGAGUUUAGAUCGAGGCUGGGGAGACAUGGACGAUGGAGAAGUGCGAGUGGCUGUGCUUUUACCACGCAGAUCAUUGAUUGUACUCUAUGGAGACGCACGUCAUCGGUGGAAACAUGCAAUCCACAGGAAAGACAUUCAGGGGCGCAGAGUGUGCAGCACCUUCCGGGAGCUGUCUGAGGAGUUUCUACAGGGAGGAGAGCAGGAGAAACUGGGCUCAGAGUUGUUGGAUAUAGCACUGAGCUUUAAAGGUGUACCUUUAUAAAUUGCCUUUACUUUGAUAUGUGAACUGUACAUUGAACUGUAAAGUGAUUAUUUUUAACUCUUAAUUUAAAUAAAUGCAUAUUCUUUUUAUUCUGUUAUUUUGUGAAUGAAUAAUGGAUAUGAUAUGAGAUGCAAAAAUAUAUAACUAGCCUUUUUCUUUAUGUAUCCAUGAUUUAACCAUUCCCUUAAAGGGGUCUGGAAACCGACUGUUUUCAGAAAAUAUUGGAUGUCAUUUUCAUUUCAUCUUGCAUGUAAUGUCUGAUAAAGCAGCUUUUGUGAGCGGAGCUCUGCUUUGUGUACAGAGUUACCAGAGAAACCUCGCUCUCUCCUCCAACAGCGCCUCCCGCUGGCAGAGAAUUAAUCUGCAUAUAUAUGCCGCCACAAAUAGUGUAAAGCUGCGUUCACACUAGCAGCGACUGCAUGUCGCCAGGGCCUGGCGAAGAGGUCGUUAGUGGGUGUUUUCACUACUGGUUGCCUUGACAGCGAGUCAGGUUUCUUGCCGAUAAAUUGUGGGACUAUGGUAUAAAUAAAUUCAACUGUAUAACAGUUUCACUGCAAUUCAUGUUAUAAUGUUAGAAUUAACAAUAAACAUAACAUAUAUUACCGUUGCACUUAUCUGUACAUAGUAAAUGCAGUUAUUUUUAAGCUGUUGUUGACAUCCGAUCUAAAACGUGAUUUAGCCACAAAAAAAAAACAACAACAAUAAGGUUACUACUUUAAUAUGUCUUGCAAUAUCCGUGCGUGCAAAGGUUCUGCGCGAUCCUCUUGUUCAAUAUUCUCAAGUGGUGCUCGCUGCAGAGCCAAAUGGGAGGAGCUAGAGCUCCAGCUCCCCCUCGCUGGAUCUAGUGGGCGGGGCUGAAUUGAUAUGGCAAUAUUGACGAACUUGCUGUUUUGGCAAGGGGCGUGGCAGUACUGAAACACCGUCUAAGCUGUUCGCCAAUCACAACGCACUGGGACAGCUAACCAAUCACAACACAUUUCGUUUUUCGGAAGGCGGGCCUUCAUCAAACCCGGAACUAAUCCAGCCGUUUGUGCCAGGCUGGGGAGAGAAGUGUUGUAAUAAUGUAAAUUAUGUGAAAAAUAAUGCUAUUUUCGAACCACCAAGCAUGCGAGCAUGUUCUAGUACACCCCCAAAACAAAAUCAAGACUUUGUAAAAGAGCAUAAUAGGACCCCUUUAAAGUGAAAUUGUUUUAUUC